CUCGUGGCUGGUGAUGGUGCUGGCCAUGAUCGGCAAACUGGCCAUCAGUGGCCGCCCUUCAUGGUCGUUUUCGUCUAUGAGGCUGAACUCCUGCCGACGGAGGUGCGACUCCAGGGCGUCGCUGUCAUCUUCGUGGCCGGCCAGAUCGCCGCCACCUGUUUCUCCCUACUUAGCCGACUUCCUGAGUCCACUGGUACCCUGGCUGCCCUCAGUCAUCUUCGGGGUCAGCUCCUUCGUCGCUGGCUUCUCCUUAUUCAACCUGCCGGAGACGCGGGGUAUGGCGCUGCCGGACACCAUCAGUGACCUCGAGGAACUCUACAAACAGAACAAGUGAGAGUUCCACAUGUCUUGUGUGUUUUGUG